CACUAGAAAUGGCACUGGCCUUUCCUUUGUCUGUUGAUCCUGAAGGAGGUCUCCUCCUUCCGGAUCCGCCACUGCCACCACCUGCUGCAAUGCCACUGCUGCCACCCGCCAUUGAACACCAACGUGUGGGAGCACUCGCCAACAAACACUGAACGCAACCCCCCUGGCCCCCCUUUCAACCCCUCACACAAAAAAAAAAAAAACGAAGGUGGGAUAUAGUGGAUGUUUGUGCGACACGUGAAGAAGAAGACGAAGGAGGAGGAGAACAAGAAGAUGAUGAUGAUGAUGAAGAAGAAGAAGAAUCCGGGAGCAUUGCAGUCCUUACAUGGAGAUGGCGGGACAAAAUCUGGCACCAACUGGGGAUGGGGAGGACUGGCCAUGGGACUGGCAAUGGCUGAUGAUGGGAGCCUGGCAAGAGUUGCCCCUCUCCACUUUCGCGGCCACCGGCCAACCUCCUCUCACUCGACAGAAAAGCGGUGCUUUGGGGGCUAUGGUGGAGGUGCUGUGUUCAUGCCAUGGAAGGAGUCAAGCUCCAUGCGAUCCUACUUUGAUGUGCUGGGGACAUCCCCAGUGACUCAGUCGUACGUCCUAGCGACCAUUGUGGAACCCGCCGUAAGGGGCUUCUUAGAAGUCCAAGCUGUACAGUCAGGCUAUAAAAGAAUAAACCUGAACAAAUGGCUGAAGGCUACGCCUAUAGCUACACUCAUGGAACUCUUGAUCAAACAAUAUGCUGAUCCACAUGCUGCAGCCAAAGCUAGCUUGGAGCUUGACAAGCUCAAGCACAUCAAGUGGAACAACACCAUGCAUAGUCUGCAGCAGUAUGUUACUAAACUAUUUGCUACUCAGGAUCUGGAAAUGACUGCGCUGUCUUGCUUGGAUGUGAUAAAAGGGGGGUGCAAGUUCUUCAGCAAGAUCGAUCUCAAGUUUGGCUACCACCAGAUUGAAGUCGACCCUAUAGACCAGCACAAAACUGCAUUCAAAACCCGCGAUAGGAUGUACGAGUUUAACGUCAUGCCCUUCGGUAUCGCGAAUGCACCGGCCACCUUUCAAAGUCUCAUGGACAAGGUGUUCCACAAUCAGAUCAAUCGAUGUGUUGUUGUUUAUUCAGAUGACAUACUAAUCUUCAGCAAGUCGAUGGAGGAGCACAUGAGACACCUUGAGGAAGUGUUGCAGAUCCUCAAGGAUGCGCAACUCCAUCUAAACUUGGAGAAAUCUGAGUUUGAGAGGGAUAGCGUGAUCUACCUUGGACAUCGGUUGUUUGCUGCAGGCCUAUUGCUCGAGGCAACCAAAGUUGAGGUCAUCCGCAAAUGGCCUCAACCGGCAAAUGUCCGUUCCCACGAUCUCCGUAUGAAUUUGAAGGAGGAACUCAUCGAGUAUUCUGCCAAGGACCCGGAACUCAGUCUCAUCCUUGAACAGAUCCAGGCUGGCCCUAGCAGCCAGCCUGAUUUCCGGAAGUGUAAAGGAUUACUGUUCCGACGUUACGGGAAACACCAAAGCUAUUGCGUCAACGACAGUGAGGGGGAUAUGAGGACAUGGACAAUUUUGACAGCGAUGACGAGAGAAAAUGUCGGCGACAGCGUGGUCAACGGCGAUAAGAGAAUGGAGGAGGUGAGUACUGAUAUCGGUUGUGACGAUAAUAUGACUGGGGGGAAUAUAACGGCGGGUGGUGAAGAAGAGGGCGACGGCUGCGUUGACAACGACAGCAGUAACAACGAUGACAACAACGACAUCAAUGACAAGACCUUCACCAACAAGAUCAACAACAGAGGUGGCAGCUGCGAUAACAACGACGCUAGUAUCGACAACAAUAACAAAGACAACAUCAACAACAACGUCAACAACAACAUCAACAACAACAAUCAGUUCAAGAAUACCGAAUACAGUGUCCUUGGUGGCAACGGGAUUGACAACAACAACGGUGCUUUUGGGAGCGAUGGCGAUGCUGAUGAUAACAACACUAACAAUAUUGAUGAUAAUGAUAACGACGGCUUUAGCUGGGAUGAUAUGGAGGAUAUGAGUAUUAAUCGUGGCUGUAGUGGGAUGAUUGGAGUUGUUAGUUGGCAGCGGAGGGGCAGCCAUGAGGAUGCAACUCGGGCACUCAAUGCCCGACUGCUUGACCUGGAACAGGCUGUACCAGGACCAACUGCUGGGGCUUCUAGCAGUGCACCCUCUAGCCGCCAAGUGGAGGAACGCGUUGACCACAUCCUGGCAAUGCUCGGCGACAUUAACACCUUCGCUGCGCCGUCCACCAUCAGCACUCAGCUGCAAACCUUGAAGACCGAGGUCCAACCGUUGCAGUCGACGAACGCAGAUGGCAAUCAGAAGAUGCCAACUUUCCAACUGGAAAAGUUCGACGACUACGCGCAGCAAGAUCCGACCCUCUGGUGGGAGGCAUUCACGGCGCAACUCGGGAUUCUGCCUGUCGCUAAGCACAAGUACAUCGGCGCCCUGUUCCUGAACUCAAAGGGCGGAUGCGAGACCUGGUUGACCCACCUGGCAACCUCCUACGGCGUCGACGUACCGGACCUCAAGGACAAGAUCACAUGGGAAGAACUGACACGGUCCUGUGCUGCAUUGAGCCAGGCUCUUGGUGAUCGCGAGCAGUACUCAACCUUCGCGGAGAUCAUUGACAAAGCGAGGGAGAUCAUCAAGACCAACAGGUCAGCUGCACACAAGAAAUCAACAUUAUGGCAACCGACCUAUGUGGAGAAGGUACGAACUGGUCCGCGACAGCAGCACUUCGCUGCAGUCCAGCAGGACAGUGGAGAUAACCCAGCAACCACUCCAGCAUCAAGUGACGGAGAUCAGGUGGCUGCUGUCCAGCCGCGAAGCAACAACAAGUCCCGCAACAAUGGGAAGGCGAAAUCCGCAUCGGACGCCGGAAAUGGACAGCCAGGACAGUUUCCAUGGGUCAAGUUUGGCUUGACCGAGGCGGAGUACAAGGUCCGCGGCCGCUACGGCAGCUGCUAUUGGUGCAACAGCACCAAGCACAAGACCUCCCUAUGCCAAGAUCAAGGCAAGGAGGAUGUGCGACCCCGCCUCAGCUCGGGAAACWRAGCUCUGCGGAAGCUCGACCCGUUAACGUUCACGGACUUCCAGUGGAUGCCCGUUCCCUCGACCGGACGAUUGCCGAAACCGCAUUGCAAUGUGCUCAUGGCACAAUUGCGGGACUACUUGCACACUGCAGCACCAGCUCCGUUGAUGGACGCCGGAGCAGAGGUUGUCGACCUUCACGUUUACAUCGCGAAGAUCGACCGCGAGUUCAAGACGCAACGGUACGACGAGAUCGACGCACCAUUGCUAUACAUACGCAUUCAGAUCGGAGAGGCGACCUGCAGUGCCUUGAUCGAUUGCGGAGCAUCUCGCAACUACAUCAGCCAGGACUUCAUGGUACGCGCCGGCCUUGGCCCACGUGUCCGGAGGAAGUCCCAGCCUCCGCAAGUCACCCUGGCAGACGGUCAUACGCACAAGUCCAUCGACCGGUGCAUUGACGCCGUCCCAGCGUACUUUGCCCCUCACGCAAGUGAGGCAGUGUCCUUUGACAUUCUGGACACCAAAUUCGACAUGAUCUUGGGCAUGUCAUGGCUGCGAAGCAAGGAUCACCCGGUGAACUUCUUCAACCGCACCGUUCACGUUCGCCCGCACGGAGUAGUACCUGAUCGACCCAUCCGCCACGAGAUCAUCCUCGAGGACGGGGCCGUACCUCCGCGCGACUGCAUCUACCGAAUGAGCGAGGAAGAGUUAAGUGUGCUUCGGGCACAACUCGACGACCUUCUAGAGAAAGGUUGGAUUCGGCCUAGCUCAUCGCCAUACGGUGCUCCUGUUCUCUUCGUCCGGAAGAAGAACAAGGACCUGCGGUUGUGCAUCGAUUAUCGCAAGUUCAACUCGCAGACGAUCAGGAACGCCGGCCCUCUCCCACGCAUCGACGACCUUCUCGAGCGAUUGGGCGGUGCCCAGUUCUUCUCUAAGCUGGAUCUCAAGUCAGGGUACCACCAACUCGAGAUUCGCAAGGAGGAUCGCUACAAGACCACGUUCAAGACUCGGUAUGGGCAUUUCGAAUGGCUGGUCAUGCCAUUUGGCCUUACGAAUGCCCCARCCACUUUCCAAGCGGCUAUGACGACGGAGUUUCGACACAUGCUGGAUCAUUUCGUACUUAUCUACCUCGACGACAUUCUGGUUUACAGCCGGAGUCUGGACGAGCAUGUGGAACACCUGCGCACCGUUUUGGAGCGGCUACGACAGGCCAAGUACAAAGCAAACCGCGACAAGUGCGAGUUCGCACAGAAGGAGCUGGAGUACUUGGGACACUAUGUGACGCCGCAAGGCAUCAGUCCGCUUGCGGACAAGAUCGAGGCCCUACGAGUAUGGCCCGAGCCCACCAACACCACGGACGUUCGUUCAUUCAUGGGGUUGGCGGGCUACUAUCAGCGAUUCAUCACCGGAUACUCCAGGAUUGCUGCACCUAUGACGAGGUUACAGUCGCCAAAGGUGCCAUUCGUAUUCGAUGACGACGCACACCGUCUUGGAACAGAGCACGACGGCGUCGAUUGGCACCCUGUGGAGUAUUUCAGCCACAAAGUGCCUCCUAUCAACUCGCUUGAUGAUGCAAGGAAGAAGGAGCUGCUUGCAUUCGUGAUGGCUCUCAAACGCCGGCGGCACUUCCUCCUUGGGCGUCGUAGUUUCACAUGGAUCACAGACAACAAUCCAUUGACCUACUACAAGACGCAGGACACGGUGAGCAGCACGAUCGGACGAUGGAUGUACUUCAUCGACCAAUUUGACUUCUCACCAAAGCAUGUCCCAGGCCUCUCCAAUCGCGCAGCAGAUGCACUCUCGCGAAGACCUGAUUUUUGCGCUGUGUCACAUCAUGCCUUCGCAUUCGACGAGGAGCUUCAGCGACAUUAUCAGUCUAAUCCGGACUUCGGCACGCUCUAUGCUAAUUAUCUUCGGAUCACCCGCCGGCCAGCCAUUACCGCAUUGCCAACGGGUACUUGCUCCUCCACUCGAGAGGCAAGGACUUACUAUGUGUCCCACGCGACCGUCGUCUUCGGACUCGCCUCCUCAGCGAGUACCAUGAUUCACGACUCGUCGGCCAUUUCGGAGCCAACCGCACUAUUGCACGGCUUCGACAGCAAUUCCGAUGGCCGACCUCAUUACCGAUGUCACUCGGUAUUGCGACUCUUGCAAAGUUUGCCGACGCAGCAAGCCCCGCAUUCGACAGCAAUUCCGAUGGCCCGACCUCAUUACCGAUGUCACUCGGUAUUGCGACUCUUGCGAAGUUUGCCGAUGCAGCAAGCCCCGCAACCGCAAUCCCCACGACGAGAGUCCGGCACAACAAUGAAACCAAGUUCGGCUCGACAUCCUCAGACAGACGGGCAGACGGAGCGGGCACAUCAAACCGCUCAAAUGAUGCUUCGUACGCUCAUCCGUCCGGACCAGAAAGAUUGGGUUGACCGCCUCCCCGACAUCGAGUUCGCCUACAACACUUUGGUGCAUUCGGCGAUCGGCGUGACUCCAUUCGAGUUGCACCACGGUGGACGGAAAGGCCGGAUCUUGGCAGACCUUCUCCUCCCUCGACCAGCCGACAUUGACGCUGCUUGCUCUCCCGCUUUCGUCCGGAAGUACAGGGAAUUGCUGACUCAAGCCCGCGCAAAUAUGCAAAAGGCUAAAGUCCGCAUGCAUCAGCAAGCCAACAUGCGUCGAGUACCAUGUCCCAUCCGCGCCGGUGAUCUGGUUUGGGUCUCCGCGGAAGAGUUUGCACAGGAACAGGAUGUUUCACGCAAACUGCUUCCCAAGUGGUUUGGACCUUGGUCUGUGACAGCAAGCGCGGGCGAUGAGCCCGAUGGCCCUUCAUUUGUGAUUAACAUUCCAGAGCAUGUGACGGUCCAUCCGGUCUUCCACGCCUCGAAGCUGGCAACAUACACGCCAACCAAGAGCGACGACUUUCCGGACCGACGAUCGCAGGACCCUCCUUCUAUGGAUGGCCAUCAGGAAGUUGACCGCGUCAUCUUCGAUCGCAAGUACGGCAGCAAGCCGCAGCAAUACAAAGUCACAUUGAAAGCAUGCGAUCGCGACGACACUCGGUGGAUUUCAGGCGCAGAUUUGAAAGCAUUCGCACCGCUGAUCUACGCGCAUUAUGAAAAGCGCAGGUUAGCUGAGGAAGCUUCACGACCAGCCCCUCCCACCCGGACUGUGGUCCCUCCCUCAGACAGACAGCUUCGCCCUCGCAGGUUGCUAAAGAAAGAAGCAAUCUGGGAGUGGGAUAGAGACUGUAUGUCGGCCCUGAAGAAGCUAAAGCAGGCCUUGAUAGAGUACCUAGUCCUCAAGGUAGCUAACCAGUCCUUGCCUUUUGUUGUCGCCACUGACGCAUGUGAGUAUGGUAUAGGUGUUGUCUUACAACAAGAUGGUGGCAAUAGGUAUAGACCCGUAGAGUUCAUGUAUGCUAGGAUGCCUUCAGAGAUGGUAGCGACAUCUACCUACGAGAGAGAACUCUACGCUCUCAGGAAAGCAUUAGGUCAGUGGAAGCACUACUUGCUUGGGAGGCACUUCAAAGUUGAUUCAGACCACGAGACGACGAGGUGGCUGAAAAGACAGGCCAAGAUGACACCUAAGCUUACUAGGUGGGCCGCAAAAAUAGACCAUUUUGCCUUCGAGCUCAAGCUAGUUAAGGGGAAGUAUCACGUAGUCGCGAACACUCUAAGUAGGAGAGCUGAUUACUUUGGAGCGAUAGUUCACUAUCUGGAUAUAGGGAAAGACCUGCAACAGAAAGUCAAGGACGUGUAUGCACAAGACCUUAUUUAUAGUGAUCUCCUUGAGAGGGUUAAGGAGUCCCCAGAGUCUGAACCAGAUUACCGCACUACAAACGGGUUGCUAUUCGAGAAGACUAGUGUAGUCGAUCGUUUAUGCAUUCCCAACAGCGAAAAGGUCCGUAGUCUGAUCAUAGGGGAAUGUCACGACACAGAGGGACAUUUUGGUGGGCAAAAGACGUUAGCCAACCUUAUUUGCGCGUAUACGUGGCCAGAUAUGAAGGGUGACUGCAUAGAGUAUGUACGCAGUUGUAAGGUAUGCCAACAGAAUAAGACCACUACGCGAGCCCCUCUUGGCCUUCUCAGACCAUUGCCUAUACCCGCAGGACCCGGAGAUUCAGUGUCCGUUGACUUUAUGGAUGCUGACAUGGCAAGAGCCAAGUCAUGGUUAUAGUUGAUAGAUUUGGUAAGUGUAGUUUUUGUUUCGUUGCCCUAAGAGGCACGUACAUAUUUAGUUAUAGAUAAGUUCUUUGAUCAUUGGGUCAGUGAGCAUGGUCUAGCGCUGUCGAUAGUUAGUGACGGAGAUACCAGGUUCACUAGUCAGAAUUGGUAGGAACUGACGAGAGUCUAUGGCUCUAAGUUGUUGAUGUCAUCUGGCCGUCAUCUUGAGACUAACGGUCAGACUAAACAGAUGAACAAAAUCCUGCAACAAGU